ACCCGUAGCGUUCCAUAAAAAUUGCCCUCUCCGCGAAACCCGCCGUACGGGAACGAAGACGUCGUCCGGCGGGCGCGGGAGGGCGGCUCACUUUUAAAUUCGUCGUGUAACCUGGAUCGCGAGCCUCGCUGCUGUCAGCCGCGCCGCUGCCUCCGCCGGAGCACGCCGUGGGGAUCAGACACCAUCAUGUGGAACUACGUCGUCCUCUGUCUUCUCUUCCUCAUCCAAAUCAUCGGAGGUCUGGACCGAGAGGAGUACGAAUUCGGCGUCGGCAUCGCAGACAUCACCGGUCCGGCGGCUGAAAUUGGAAUGUUGGGCUAUGCCAAAACCGGCCAGGCUUCAUCCGGCAUUCACUUCCGCGUGUACAGCAGGGCGUUCAUCAUAAAACAAGGCGAUUCCAGGGUGGUCAUCGUGAACGUCGACUCCGGCAUGAUUGGCGACAUCGUGAAAAUCGAGGUGGUGAAGCGCCUUCAGGACAAGUACGGCUCGUCGCUGUACAGUGAGGAGAACAUCCUGCUGACGGCCACGCACACGCACGCGUCGGUGGGCGGCUUCAUGCAGUACCUGCUCUAUAACAUACACACCCAGGGCUUCAUCCGCCAGGUGGCCGACGUCCAAAUCGACGGCAUAUGCAGGAGUAUUGACCAAGCGCAUGACGGCCUCCGAAAGGGCUACAUCUACUGGAACGAAGGCGAGCUCCUGCACGCCAACAUCAACCGCAGUCCAUACGCAUACGAGGCCAACCCAGCCGACGAGAGGGCUAAGUACAAGAACAACACGGACACAAAGAUGCUGCUUCUCAAGUUCACAGAUCUAAAGAACAACCCAGUAGCAAUGAUAAAUUGGUUCUCCGUUCACCCUACCAGCAUGAACAACAGUAACCUACUUAUCAGCGGUGACAACAAGGGAUACGCCGAGCUCAUGUUCGAACACAGAAUGAACGGGAAUCUUCCUGGAAAGGGUCCGUUCGUCGCCGCUUUCGCCCAGUCCAAUGAGGGCGACGUGUCCCCCAACCUGAGAGGACCACGAUGUAUCGACACGGGCCUUCCCUGCGACUUCGAGACAUCUACCUGCAAUGGCCGGACUGAAAAAUGCAUCGCUUUUGGUCCUGGCAAGGACAUGUUUGAAAGCACCAAAAUUAUUGGUGAGCGGCAGCUACAAAAAGCACUGGACCUGUUCCACUCGGCCUCACGCAAGCUAUCUGGCAGUGUUGGAUUCGCCUACCAAAGGGUGAACAUGGGGAAGUAUGAAGUCGGCGACAACGAAGCGGAUCCGAUCACAACGUGUACUGCAGCGUUAGGUUACAGCUUCGCAGCAGGAACGACUGAUGGACCGGGCCAGUUCGACUUCACGCAGUCAACGACGCAGGCGACUCCAUUCUGGAAUUUCGUUCGCGACUUCAUCGCGGCGCCAUCGAAGGAGGCCAUCAAAUGCCAUCACCCGAAACCCAUCCUGCUCCCCGUUGGCGAGAUGAACUUCCCCUACCCUUGGGUGGCCAGCAUCGUUCCUACUCAAAUUCUGAAAGUCGGGCAGUUGUAUAUCCUUGGGGCUCCUGGGGAGUUUACAACCAUGUCUGGGAGGCGACUUCGCGCUACUGUCGAAAAGGUGGUGAAGAUGAAAGACCCCGAAUCCAUGGUCGUACUGGCUGGCCUCUCCAACACGUACACGCAUUACGUGGCUACGUACGAAGAGUACCAGGUACAGCGCUACGAGGGAGCGUCCACGAUAUACGGGCCGCACACUUUGCUAGCCUACCAAAAACAAUUCGAAGGUUUGGCUGUAAGUCUGACGACCAAUACGACCCGGCCGAUUGGGCCUCCUCUGCCCGACCUGCUCUCCAAGCAAGUGUCCUUCAAGACGGGCGUCGUCUUCGACGGUGCCCCGCUGGGAAAAGUGUUCGGCCAGGUGCUGUCCGAUGCCAAGCCUGCAUACAACAGGGGAGAACGAGUCUUUGUGACGUUUGUCUCCGGCCAUCCAAGAAACAACUUGAUGCUGGAAAGCACGUACUUGACCGUGGAAAAGCUGAGCGAUGACGGAGAAUCAUGGACAGUCGUAGCCACGGACGGCAACUGGGAAACAAGAUUCUACUGGCGCCGGACUUCGGCCAUUCUGGGGCACAGCGAGGCGACAGUUAUGUGGGAAAUCCCGCAAAAUGCGGAAUCUGGCGUCUACAGGAUCCGUCACUUUGGCCACAGCAAGAACAUCCUCCAGGUGGUUACUCCCUACGAGGGCAGCAGUAGAAAUUUCAAUGUGAACCCCUAGCAUGCGGCCAGGAAGAAGCGGAAAAACAGUUGCGCAGGAAGUCGCCGCGGUGCCCCGCCUUGUACGCAGUCUUGCUCAAUGGAAGCGCGACGCCGCCGACUGUCCCGGUCCCUGCGCAACUCUUUCUGCUCAGCGCCUUCGGAGCGCAUUCCUGCUCGCUUGCUGAAUGUCAAAUGCUGCCAGCAUUACCUGACUUCCUUCGACCUCGAUGGCCCAAGGUCGUCGACGUCGAACCACAGGCGGAAGCCGCCAGAGCUCGGUGAAAUGAGCAGUGCUCAUUCGUCGCCGGGGGAUCAAGCACUCAUCGAGCCUUCGGCUGAAAAACCGGAGGACAAGCGUCUUGAUUCAGCUUCGCGCAACGAUUCGCAAUACGCUCACAAUACUGCUCAAAUGAACUCAUCUGACAGUGUCAGCCAUCACACGUACCAUCACUGGCCAAGUGACAAUAACGGCGGGCAAUUAUCAUCGUCUUCGAAUCACUUUCCACGUCAUUCAUCGCACAAGGACAGUCAUAGCAAGGUCGCUUCGCUACCUCUGAAUACCCGGAAGAAUUACGUUAACGGUGGCACUACGGUUGGCCGUGCAGCAGGUGUCAGGGGGAAAGAGCAGAAGCACUCCUCCGGGGAAGUACCGGCUGCCGUACCUUGGGGUGUGGCAAGCGGCUACCACACGCAUCCUUCUAUUCGGUUGGGUACUCGGCAUCGGCUUCCCUCACCUGCGGAGCGGCGCCAAAUAUUGUCCGCCCUGAUUAAACACCCACUUCACAUUUUCAGUUAUCGCGAUCGAAAUCUGCCAUUUCAUCUGCGAAACCGCCACCGUGUUGCCUCCAACAUUCAAGACACUCUUCGGGCCUUGUCCUCGACGCGUCACCGCUGGACAGAUCGGGAUGACGUGAAGCUGGACUAUUCGGCUUCUGAGCGAUCACAUUCCAUCGUCCGACUUCCCGCUCCUAAAAGAGCAGUGGCGAUGGGACGAGAGGUGCUGGCACGCCGUCUAGCGCAUGGGCGCUUGCCAGUAACGCUCGACACGCUCCGAAAGUUUCAUGGGAUUCAGGGUAUAUCACUUUCUCUCCGGGGCGCCCAGCGUCCAUGAAACGCGCGCACGAAA